CACACGUACUACACAGAGCCAGCUAGCUAGCUAGCUAGAGAGAGAAGCGCAACAGAGAAGUGGAUUGAUUGAUUGAUUGAUUACAUAACUUAGCCAGUCGUAACUCUCCUGUGAUACAUCAUCAUCAACCGCAACAAGAUGGCAGGGAUAACUGUUUAAAUCGAAUGGAAGGAGUUUCUCGCCCUCAAAUCUGUGCCCUGAGUAUUGCUGCAAAUCAAACAGAAGUAGAUCUACCAGAAGCAGCUCUGCAUCCCCCAUCAUGUUUGCUAGUACCACUGCUAUCUGGCCAUCAAUCAAAUUAUUCCAUCAUCUUAUGCUUGCAUGCUUGCUUGUGUUGAUGAGCUUUUCACCUUUGAAGAAUGGAAUACCACGCUCCUCAAUGGCUCAUAUAUCAACAACGACGGUCACUGCAUUCACGUUGGCUCUAGAGGCAGCUUACGCAACCUCUGUAGGUGACUUGCAACGUUCAACAGUAGCCAGUGUAGAAGGAGGAAGGCAGUAUGAUUUGCGGCUCAUUGGAAGCAAUGUCACCCAUGAGGGCCUCCUCCAAGUAUUCAUGGACAACCAAUGGGGCUGGGUGUACCCAGAUGCCUCGAAGAGUAUGGUGGCGAAGGUGGCGUGCCAACAAAUGGGAUACCUGGAAUACAGUUCUACAGUGAUUUCAACAGACAUAGGAGUGGAGCUGCAGCCCAUCCCAUGGUUGAUGGCGAGAGUGAAAUGUUCAGGAUAUGAAUCUAGACUGGUAGACUGCGGACAUAUCAACUAUACUAGCACGCUUCCAUCAGGAGUGCAGAAACUACCUGUAGGACUGAAAUGUGUGGGCGUGGCUGUUUCAGGCAAUGAUUCUGUGCAAGUAUGGUUGAACGGGACGUCCAGCUCUGGCCUUCUGCAGAUAAAGAAGUUUCCUUAUGAAGGAUGGCUGCCUUUCUGUGGGACUAAUAUAGACCUUAUAGCAGCUCAUGUGAUCUGUCGUCAGCUAGGACACACCCAAGCUCUCACCAUCAGCCUUGAAAGCAGGGUGAUUACUCCUCGUAGGCCAUCUCAUGUGGUGAGGUUUAUAGUUUGCCAGGGCUUUGAGAAGUCUCUAUCAGAAUGUACAGUCUUGGUACAGGUAUCGACUCCUACCUGCCAAAGAAUGAGGGUCAAUAUCAACGUAGCUUGCAGCGAUACACCCCUCCUUCCAUUGGGCUCUGAGGUGAAACUUGAUCCUGAAAAUCGGGUCCAAGUCCGUUACCUUGGAUUCUGGAGCUAUUUGACCUCAGACGGGCCAGUAGUCUCGGAUGCUGUUGCCAUCUGUCGGCAGUACGGCGGUCUCAAUCUAUCCAAGGCCUUGACAACUGAAGAGCCUGAUUUGAGCCCCGUCCUGCCUUUCAGAUUCUUGUGUAGUCGUGGCAACGAGGCUAGUCUGAUGGAAUGCAUCCCUGUCAAGAUACCGCCAGGUUCAAGCCACUCUAGCAUACUACAUGUGCAAUGUAAUGGCAAAACAGACCCAGAAUUUGGUGCUUUACGUUUAGUGCCGAACCAACAGUUUCCAAACAAAGGACGUAUUGAGAUCUAUGGCAAUCACUCUCGGUGGGGGACUAUCUGUGAUGAUUACUGGACGGAUGAAGCCGCCACUGUGGCCUGCAAACAGCUGGGGUUGGGCAACGUCGGGAUCAGCCGUGGUAAUGCAUACUAUGGCAGUGGGGAUGGGCCCAUCUUGUUAGAUGAUGUGCAGUGUCGUGGAGAUGAAGAGAAGCUGCUACAGUGUGAUUCGUCCCCACUGGGGGAACAUAACUGCGUACAUGGUGAGGAUGCCGGUGUGGAGUGCUAUGAACAGAUGCCCACAGUAGCACCAAAUAAAGAAUGGAAGGUCAGCCUGGUUGGUGGUCCUGGCCCCUACUCCGGCACCGUCCAACUCCAGAUCAACGAUCAACUCGGCACCAUCUGUGACGAUCACUUCGGUCUCAGCGAUGGACUGGUCAUCUGCAAGAUGCUGGGCUUUCCGUUCGUCGUCAGGGUCCACGUCAGCGCCAAAUUUGGUAUCGGCGAAGGCGACAUUCUUCUGGACGAUCUGCAGUGUACAGGGACAGAGUCCAGUCUUGAGAACUGCUGGUUCGCUCCUCUGGGUACUCAUAAUUGUAUGCACCAUGAAGACGCUGGUGUGACCUGUUCAUAUGAUCAUGAGUAUAGUGGACCAGCAAGAUGGACUGAGACACCCCUCGUCUCUAUUCCCACCGGUGGUGGUGGGCUAUCUGCAAAUGGUCUGAACUUGGGGAUUGGAUCAGCGACCAUCCUUAUCACCCUCCUGGUGGUCAUGUGUGUGGGUUGUAUGUUCUGCGCCUGCAUCAUGAGACGCCUCCGUGUCAACUCUAACAUAGAGACCAUCAACAACAACCAAGACAACAACAGCUACUCUCUGGUCACCCAGCGGGGCGACACGCCUGCAUCAGCCAACAGUGUCCCACCCUCCUACACCGAUGUCCUCACACAUCCAAAUGAAUACAGUCAGGUGAACCAUGCAGACGAUACCGCGCUACCGCCGCAGUCACCUCCUCCUAACUCCCCACCUCCAUCGUACGCACGGACAUUCCAAGUCGGUAAUAACACCUUGCGUGUUAUUACCAUCUCGGAUCCUUCAUCACAAGGCGAGCAAAGAGUUCGUAGAGAGCCCAUCCCGAUACCCUUAUCGCCACCGCCAUCUUACGAUGAUGCUGCUCCGGUGUUUCCGUCACCAGGGGAUAGCCGAUCAGGACAAGCACUGCCGGAUGUUGUGACUGUCUCAACAGAGGCUGAUGAGAGAAGCGCUCUCAGAGAGAUUCCAGAAGAGGAUGAGCAUACAACAGUGAUAUAAAUCAUCUCAGGAUAAUGUGCAAGAUGAACAUUGGUGCUGGACAUAGAUCUAUCAGUGGUGAUAUUAUGUCCAAAUUUGACACUGUAUCAGUCUAGAGCUUGCAUGAUUAUAUCAUAUUCUGAUAUUCAUUAUCAGAGGAAUAUUAUUUGCAGCAAAGACUUCAUAAAAGUACAGAACUUGCCUGAAUUGGGGUAUAUUUAUUGCAAUGAUGUGACAUAGUUACAGGAAUCACUACCAUACUACCUGUAGGUGUUUACAGGUAAGUGUCAAGAAGGCUGACUGGAUUUGAAAGAAACAACUUAAUCUGAAUGUGUGCUUACAUGUAUGUCCUUGUUAUCUCAUGCUGAAAAUAUAUAUAUAUAUAUUUUUUCCAUUUAAGAAAUGUGAUUGCCAGUUCGUACUAAAAUAAUCUAUAUUUUGUCUGUUUGGAACCAAAAGGGCAUGACAUUGUAUAGUACAGAGUUAAUGCCCUUUUGUUUGUGAGGAGAUGUUUACUCCUGUAAAGAGUGCAGUUUAAAACAGCAUGUAUAGUACUUAAUCUCAAAGUUUCUUUUGGGAAGAAUCUGAAACCUAGAGUAGGCUUUUUAAAAUAUAGCAUUUGUACUGCCUCAAAAAUACUGCAAAUGUUUUACUCUGAAAAGAUGUGCCACUUUUCAACGUAAAUUUGUAACCUGCCUUGCCACCUACUUCAUUAUGGUGCGAUUGUUAAUAUUACUAUUAUGUGUGCUAAAAUAUGUGUGCUGAAGUUAUAGAGACAGAACACUUGAUAUAGUUGUAGCACUAGCACUGGCACUCUUGAUGAUGUAAGUUUUCCUUGUCUUCAAACUUUUUUCUAGAUCGACCCACGACUGUAAAGAAUCUUUGUCUAUUCAUCAUUAUAAAACCACAACGACUAUCCUAAAAAUACCCACCUCACUUCACCCCUAUCCCCUCCAUGCACAUAC